UUUGUGGCAGAGGCUACUCUGCUAAAGCGGGAGAGGGAUUAAAACAAACUGCGAAGAAGCCUGCAUUUCUUGCCAGCCCACCAAACUUUGUAGCAGAGACUCUGUGCUUUCGGCCGAGUUAAACGGGAGGAGAAACACACUAAAAAGAGUUCCUACCCAGCAUGGACGGAGGGCCAACAGAGGGUGUAGGGGUGGUGGAGGUCCCCGCCAAAGACUUCCCCUCCAUCCAGGCUGUCCACAGCCAGGAUGCCAUGGUUGCUGACCUCCUCCAACAAGCUGCACAGGCUGGGGGCGUGGUAGAGGGGCAAGCCGGAGUCGUCCUUGAACAAGGUCAUGGGGACGGAAUGGUUGCAGCCACACAGGCUCAACAGCAGCUAAUGGAAGCUGGGGUCGGGGUUGGUGUAGAGGGCGGAGCAGGGGUUGAAAUGAUGGUUAUGGACUCACUGGAUCCCACCCUGCUGCAGAUGAAGACAGAGGUAAUCGAUGCUGCAGUGGGGGGAUCAUCGGCGGCGGUGGGUGUGGUUGGAGGGGUAGCUGGUGCCUCUCACCAAGCAACUGUAACAACAGUGGACCAGACUCAGAUCAUCACACUACAGGUGGUAAACAUGGAGGAGCAGGCAGCUUUGGGUCUUGGGGAGCUCCAGCUGGUCCAGGUGCCUGUUUCUGCCACCACUGUGGAGGCCCUGCAGCAAGGCACCUUUGUGGACACCACUGCUAUGCCAAAGGACGGAGACCCAGUCAUCUGCCACACCCUGCCGCUGCCUGAGGGCUUUCAGGUAGUUAAGGUUGGUGCUAAUGGGGAGGUGGAGACAGUGGAGCAGGAAGAGGAGGGAGGAGAAGCCCACCCUGAAGAGGAGGAAGAUGAGGAGGUGGGGAACCAGAUGCUGGAGGAAGGGGAGGAUGAACCCAUCCAGCCUCCAAAUGAUGACCCAAACUGGGCUAAAGAUCCGGACUAUCAGCCUCCAUCUGGAGCCAUCAAGAAGACCAAAAAGGGUAAAAAGAGUCGUCUGCGUUACGCUGAGGGAGAUAAGGACAUGGACGUCAGUGUCUACGACUUUGAGGAAGAGCAGCAGGAGGGCCUUCUGUCUGAGGUCAACGCUGAGAAAGUGGUGGGCAACAUGAAACCACCCAAACCCACAAAGAUCAAGAAGAAAGGAGUUAAGAAGACGUUCCAGUGUGAACUGUGCAGCUACACCUGCCCCCGACGCUCCAACCUGGACAGACACAUGAAGAGCCACACGGACGAGAGACCUCACAAAUGUCACUUGUGUGGAAGAGCCUUCAGGACGGUCACCUUGCUACGAAACCAUCUCAACACACAUACCGGAACUCGUCCACACAAGUGCACAGACUGUGAUAUGGCUUUUGUGACGAGCGGAGAGCUGGUUCGCCAUCGUCGCUACAAACACACACACGAGAAACCUUUCAAAUGCUCCAUGUGUGACUACGCCAGUGUGGAGGUGAGCAAACUAAAGCGUCACAUUCGUUCCCACACCGGCGAGCGUCCAUUCCAGUGCAGUCUGUGCAGCUACGCCAGCAGAGACACAUACAAGCUGAAGAGACACAUGAGGACACACUCAGGAGAGAAACCUUAUGAGUGCUACAUCUGCCACGCCCGAUUUACCCAGAGUGGAACCAUGAAGAUGCACAUUCUGCAGAAACACACGGAGAACGUGGCCAAAUUCCACUGUCCACACUGUGAUACUGUGAUUGCACGCAAGAGUGACUUAGGCGUCCAUCUUCGUAAGCAGCACUCGUUUAUUGAGACCGGAAAGAAAUGUCGCUACUGCGACGCUGUUUUCCACGAGCGCUACGCCCUGAUCCAGCAUCAGAAGUCCCAUAAGAAUGAGAAGAGGUUCAAAUGCGACAUGUGUGACUACUGCUGCCGCCAGGAGCGCCACAUGGUAAUGCAUCGUCGAACCCACACCGGAGAGAAACCAUACGCCUGCAGCCAGUGUGAGAAGACCUUCAGACAGAAGCAGCUCCUGGACAUGCACUUCAAACGCUACCAUGACCCCAACUUCGUCCCCACCGCCUUCGUCUGCCCCAAGUGUAGCAAGACUUUCACUCGCAGGAACACCAUGGCACGCCACGCUGAGAACUGCAGUGGUGAGGUGGAGGAUGCCGAGAACGGAACUCCAACCCCAAAGAGAGGGAGAAGAGGAAGGAAGAGGAAGAUGAGGAGCAGGAGAGAUGAGGAUGACAGUGAGGAAGACCACAUUGAACCAGACGAGGAGGAGGAAGAGGAGGAGGGUGACGGUGAGGAUGAAUCAUCACUGCUACAGGAAGAGGAGGAGCCAGAAAGCAUGGAGCUGGACCAGGCCCCCGCCGCCAUCCCUGUACCAGCCCCUGACGAGCCACCGGUCAAAAGGAAACGGGGCCGACCCCCGAAGAAUGCCCCCAAGCCCCCUGCAUCUGGCAAAUCAGUCAGGGUGGCUGCCAAGACAACCGCUUCUGCUGCCGCCAUCAUUCAGGUGGAGGAUGAGAGCACUGGAGCGGUGGAGAACAUCAUAGUGAAGAAGGAGGAGGGCGACGCCUCUGCAGCAACACCUCUGGAGCAGGGGGUAGCCCUGACAGUGGAGGGGGUGGGGAUAGAUGGGGAAGGGGUGGAGACUGUUGAGCUGGCUGUGAAUGAGGAAACGGCAGCCGCCGCCAAUGGUGAUCUGACGCCAGAGAUGAUCCUCAGCAUGAUGGACCGGUGAACGCGACACACAGCCGCACACAUGUAGCCAGACUAUGUCUAAAAUUGGCAAAUACAAAUUCGCAUCUCCACAUCCUCGGCCUUCACCCCGCGCUCCAUCUGUGUGUGUGCUUUUAGCGGCAGCCAUUUUUUUCUCCUUUGGAGCUGCUGCAAAAAUGGUAAUGGCAAAAAACAGCCAUGCACAGAGAAAGCAAACUACAUGUAAAUACUUACACAGUAACACACACACACACACACACACAUCCAUGUAUGUCAGCCUGCACACUGAGGUUUAUGGCUCUCAUACACACACACACACACACACACCAGAUCCCCCUGCACACAUCUGCGUCAUCUCCCACGUCACUUACAGAUAUCGUCCAUGCUAAUGACUGCUCACUGCUCUUAAAUGCUUUUUUCAGUUUGAAUGUCCUCUGAAUGAAUCAUUGUGUAUUUUGCUACUCGUGUCUACCCAAAGCCACAUCCUGUGUCAGUCCCUGCCCACACGUUCGGCAGUUGAUGUUCAGCCGGAAACCAACUCCUCUCUAUGUUGCUCUGCCGCAAGGAGUCAUUGUUUGAUCUACCUUCUUUUUUUCACCUUGUUUUUCUGCUGUCCUGCCUGAGGUUCUUGCAACUAUGCUGAAUUUGCAAAUUUCCAAGCCUUUCAUUUGUGUAUAUAGAGAUAUAAAUGUAGUUUUUCCUAAUGAAGACGUAGUAUAUGGUACUUUAGUUUGCCUCUGAGAUAUCCCUCGCUCUCAGUCAUUAUGAUCUGUAUAUUUUUUUUCCGCCCCCUCAGAGUAUGACCUUCCUCCUUUGCCUGUGUAAGCACACAGUCCAGGUUGUGGUGUUCUUAGUUGGCUCUUCGUACACUGAGGCUUUUUAUAGUAGGAAGCUGACAGAGGAAUUCUUCUUUUUAAAGGAGUGAAUGGGCAGAUGAACAGAAGCCAGUGGUUUCUGUUCAGGUCUCCAGUCCAUCUGUUUGACAUCCACACUGCCAGCAGCCGACCGUGUUCUGAUGGAAACUAGCCCACGGUCAGCUCCUCAGCUGAACCUGCAGAGUUUGAGAUGAAGUUAUUUUUGGACCGUUCCCUGUUUUCUCCCACCUGUCACUGAUGCAAGAUAUUUAUCAUUCACGGCUGACGUUCCUCCUCCUCCUGUUAGACGGAGAACAUAGAGAGUUUGCCGUCACAUAAACUGAAAGAUCCCUGCUGGUUGGAGAGUUACAGAUAAUCCUGAUUGGUUAAACGUUUUACUGUAGAUGUGGUUUCGAACAUUCCAAAUGCUUUGGUUCAUAUGGAAUUAUGUCUAUGCAUUUCAGUCAUGUCACUUGAAGUAAUCCGCUGUUAGAGCCUGUCCGAUGAAUCAGUAAAAGAUCACUUAUAAAUGGCGUCAUCACAGAGUUUGUCCAGCAGAGGGCGCUCCGACUCCAUCGUUUCCAAUCCUCUGAGCACCAUCACAGCCGAGCAGGCAGUGUCUGCAUGGUAGGAUGCAAACUGGUUAGUGAAGUACAUCAAUACAUUGCUGGAAACUUAAUGAACAGCAACACACACACACACACAGUUACAGCGUCCGUCGGGCUCUGAUCAGCAGUAACUAACUCAGACGUUGUUGUUCAGCUUCUCUUUACUCUGAAUGUUUCACAGCCUCGUUCAUACUGUGUCUGGAACAGUUAUCAAAGAGCUCCACCCUCCCCUACAGUAAUCAGUGAUCGCCAGCCGUGGCAGGUGAUUUGCAUGUAAAUACAUAUUUUAAACUCUUUUGCUUUUUUGAUUUCUUGUGAACCUUUUUAAUGUUUUUUAAAAUAGCUGAUUUGGAGACGUGUUUCCGUUGGUGUGGUGAAACAUGUUGGUACCUGAGCCUGUAAAAAGGUGAUUUGCAACACGCAAACUCUCCGUCGUGUUUCCUCCCACAGAUGAAGCAUCUUAACCAACCAAACUCAAUUGAACUAAUCGGAAUCACGUUUUUUUUCUGUCUGUAUUUUGUUGCUCGUAGACAUUUUGUACCUGCUUUGAUACUGUUUUCAUCGCUGGCCGUUUUGCAGCGGCCACUGGGUUUUCUCUGCAGGUUGGUUGGUUCAGUUCAGUCGUACGAUAGAAGCUCUGUCUCGUUCUGUUCUCCUUUCACCUUCGGCCCAAACAUACGAGGCCAGUUUCAUCUAUGAAGGAACAAGAGGUUUUGAAGAUGUUCUGAAAGACAAAACUGUUUGUUUCCAAAAACCUACUGAAUGAAGUUCAGCUAGUAAAUUGUGUGUAAUAACGACAACAGAGAAUUCUUGUUCUUUUUUCUUUUUUUUGACAGGUUUUAAUACUGUUUUUAGAAGGAGGGCAGUUUUUUGGAAGCUGUGUAUUUUGUUUGCUGUACUAUGAUGUGAUUGGUUAAUCCAGAGGGCUAAUCCACACUGGUCUCCGCCUUGGACUGAGGCCCUGUCAGCCCAGCUCCUGCACUUCCACUAGCCCUGGGUGGUCCUUGUUUAUUUGCAGCUGGUACUAAGGGAUGUCCUAACCUUGGCCCAUGCCAGUCAGUCCAAACAUCAGAAUGAUCCCUGGUGUCUUUUGUUUUUCUUUUGUUUUUCACUAAAACACAGGAUUAAAAUCUCGUGUUGAUCGAGGUUAGAACAAAAAAAAGGAACCUUCAUCUCAGCAGAUCGUUU